AAUAGCAAUGCGGUCACACUGGUCAACUUCUGUGGCAUUUUUCCACUUUCACACUAGUUUCUUUCAAGCAAGCAAAAGCAACGGAACUGUAAUUGCGGUGUGCGGCGAACGAGAAGAGAAACCGAAAAGCAGCCAAUUUAUUGUUUGUGAUUCGAUCCUGUAAAAAUUCAUCAGUUUCCGAUUCUCCGAUCGCGCCUGCAAACUUUUUUGUUUAGUUUAGUGCAUCAAGUGCGAGAUUACACACAGCAAAGCAACAACAAACGAAGCGACAGGCCAAAGCGGAAGCGCAAAAUACAAUAAAAAGGAAGGAAGAAAACGAACGACACAGAGAGUGAGCGAUCCCGCCAUCAUGAGCAAGAAGCCGACAGCCGGACCGGCGCUCCACAAGGUCAUCAUGGUGGGCAGUGGCGGCGUGGGAAAGUCCGCCCUCACAUUGCAGUUCAUGUACGAUGAGUUCGUCGAGGACUAUGAGCCCACCAAGGCCGAUAGCUAUAGGAAAAAGGUUGUGCUGGACGGCGAGGAAGUACAAAUAGAUAUAUUGGAUACGGCUGGACAGGAGGAUUAUGCCGCCAUCAGAGACAACUACUUUCGCAGCGGCGAGGGUUUCCUCUGUGUCUUCUCCAUCACAGACGACGAAAGCUUCCAGGCAACCCAGGAAUUCAGAGAACAGAUCUUGCGGGUGAAGAAUGACGAGAGCAUACCGUUCCUGCUGGUGGGCAACAAGUGCGAUCUGAAUGAUAAGCGCAAGGUGCCGCUGAGCGAGUGCCAGCUGAGGGCGCAGCAGUGGGCGGUGCCCUAUGUGGAGACCUCGGCUAAAACCCGCGAAAAUGUGGACAAGGUAUUUUUUGAUUUGAUGCGCGAAAUAAGAUCACGAAAAACCGAAGAUUCAAAAGCCACGAGCGGGCGUGCUAAAGAUAGAUGCAAGAAGCGGAGACUUAAGUGUACCCUACUUUAGGCAUUAGGUAUUUUAUGAUCUAAUCAGGGAUAUUUCAUCGCGUAAAAAACAACGUCAGACGGACGUGAAACAGCCGCCGAAGCCCAACUCUCAUUGCUGCCAACUGCUGUAGGAUGAUGAAUAGGAAGCGACAAGAACCAUACGAUGAACAACAAACAACUGCAGCAGCAACAACAACAACUUGGAACACAACAACGGCCACACGGAUAACACCAACACAGAAUAGAAGAUGGAGAGCAGAACGAUAUAUGUUUAUACAAGUUAAUUAACUUAGAGAACACACCCUCCCCCAGAACACAAACAAGCAGCUACAAAUAUCAAAAUUAUUUGCCACACUCUCACACACCGAACUCAAAACACGUAAUCCAAGUUAACUUGCAUUGUAAUAUACAUAAAUAUAUGAUUUAGGCAACCAAUUUUUCCCAAAAACAUCAAAGAGAGAAGCACACAGACAGGCAGCAUACAAAUUCUGUCGUUUAUUUUUAGUUAUUUCUUUGGAAUCAUCGAUGUUUGUGUUGCCUCCGUACAAUAACAAUAAAAUGUUAAAACUAAAACCUAAAGCUAAAGCUUAAACAUAUAAAAUAUAAUCAAUCUUAGACACCUAAAAAACAAAACCCAUAAUAAUUAUGCAAUUUCAAAUUUGCUACAGAUAUUUCUCUUGUUUAAUUAUUAUAAUACGCAUACAUUUUUUUGUAAUAUUUUAAAGUUUAAUAGCAAAAUGCAAAACCACACAAAACCAACAAGAAACCACACAGAAAAGCUUUUUAUAAAUAUAUCUAAAUAUAUAUAAAAUAGUUUAAAGUAUAAAACACUUCAAAUGCUAGCGAAGAAACAACAGAGGAAAAAAAGGAAUCAAAAAGUAUCUCCGAUUAUUAAUUGUAAACGAAGAGAAUCGAAACAAAUUUUUAAUGCAAUUUUUGUAAUUUUCUAAAACCGAAAGCAAAUGAGUAGGGAUUUAUAAACAACAAAAUAAAAAAACGAGAAAUGGUAAACUAACGUUUCUGACACGUUUUGGAGACUUUCCUUUACUAAUAGUAAUUUUCUUUGCCCUGAAACACAACCAAUAUAUAUAUAUAUGUAUGUAUGUUUAGCAAUUACUCCCGAUUGAUUUGCUUCAUUGUUUACUUUUGUAAAACUGCAUUCUGUAUUGUAAUAUUUAAGCUAUUAUUAUUAUGAUAAUUAUUAUUAUUAAAUAUAUAAGUUAUAUAUGCAAUCAAAUGAUGGUUGGUUCAAUUUUUGUAUGAAGCAUAUUCCUACUUUCCCCUGUGAAAUUUUGUGUAACACACACUCAACCAACACACUCAACCAUUUGUUUUUAUUCCUCCAUACAGACACGCG